CCAACUCUUCCAUCCAUGGACGCAGCCCUGUCGAGAGGACCGACGUUGCGAGCGUUAGCGAUUAUCAGACUCUAGCGCUGCCAUGAAUCUCCUCCUUUCCGACGAUUAUCUACUUCAGGAUUACCCCGAAAAUAUUACCAACACUAUCCGGUCAGGGCACUCCACAUGUGUGCGAUUCAAUCGCAAGGGCGACUUCCUCGCCUCGGGCAGAGUCGACGGCACUGUGGUCAUUUGGGAUCUGGAGACCAUGGGUGUGGCACGUAAGCUGAGGGGUCACUCCAAGAACAUAACGUCUCUAAGCUGGUCCCGCUGCGGCCGGUAUCUGCUGUCCGCAUGCCAGGGAUGGAAGGCCAUCCUAUGGGAUUUGCAGACCGGGAAAAGGCACCGUGAGGUGCGCUUCCGAGCUCCUGUGUAUGGGGCAGAGCUGCACCCGUGGAAUCACCUCCAGUUCGCUGCCGCCCUAUUCGAGGAUCAGCCGAUGCUCGUCGACAUCACGGACUACGCAGACGUGCGUUACGUCCUGCCCUCGGUCCCGAAGCGACCCCAUCUCGAGACCGAUGCGGCAUUGAAAGAGAAACAAGCCAAGGAAGAUGCAAAGCAUAUGACCACAGCCAUCGUCUACACCGCAACAGGCGACCACCUGCUGGCUGGCACAACCAAGGGCCGCCUUAAUAUCAUUGAUGCGAGGACGCGCGAAAUCAUUUACUCGGAAAAGAUAGCGAGCGGUGUUAUCACCACAUUGCGGCUGACAGAGUCGGGCAAGGAGCUCCUUGUGAACGCGCAGGACCGCAUAAUACGAACCUUCAUCGUGCCACCGAACCUCUCCGCUCCGAACCUCGAUCCAGACACCAUACAGAUACCCCUCGAGCACAAGUUCCAAGACGUGGUCAACAGGUUGUCGUGGAACCACGUUGCAUUCAGCGCUACGGGCGAAUAUGUAGCAGCGUCGACGUACAACAAUCACGAGCUCUAUAUCUGGGAACGCGGCCAUGGCAGCUUAGUGCGGAUGUUGGAGGGCCCAAAGGAGGAACAAGGGGUCAUCGAAUGGCAUCCACACCGUGCUCUACUGGCAGCCUGCGGUCUAGAAACCGGAAGGAUCAACAUCUGGUCGGUCACGAGCCCCCAGCGGUGGUCGGCCCUCGCGCCUGACUUUGUCGAGGUGGAGGAGAAUGUCGAGUACAUCGAGAAAGAGGACGAGUUCGAUAUCCACCCGCAGGAGGAGAUCCAGAAGCGACGACUAGAUCAGGAGGAUGAGAAUGUUGAUGUCCUCACGGUAGAGAACGGCGGCGGUCCAGGUGAGGACGUGGACGCCUUUCGAAUGCCCAUCCUUUUCAACUUGGGUGAGUCGGACAGCGAAGAAGAGUUCGUGAAUGUAGGGCUCGGGACCUUGCGAAGGAAAAGUCCUGGAGACCAGGAGAACGACGAGAUGACAGGCGAGGAGAGGGCAGCGGGCAAAAAAGCCAGUGGGUCAGGACGAGGACGCGGGAAGAAGAAAUGAUGUUGCGCUGCAUGCUAUCUCGACCCUGUUGAUUUCCCGUAGACCAGACCCAAGUCAGGUAUUUCCAACUAUAUUUGGAAACUCGCAGAUACGCUAUACUCGCACAAAGAAACGGUGGGAACAAGCAUCAUAAAGAUUGGUUUAGUCGUUGUGAGGAAACCCCAGUUUGGUUAUCUUAGUGCUCAGACUAGUUAUAUCUCGCCUAUUGUUGGAAAGUCGUGGCAUUGGAAACUCGGAAGCUCGGCUGCCGAUGCCCUACUAUUAGAUCGACAGGCGAUUAGGGAAAUAGAGCUACGUGA